AUGUUUCUUUCUUUCCCCUCAUCAAUUUUUCUCUUUCCUUCUCUCUUUAUCUUCCUUCCUUUCUUUCUUUAUGUCUGUCUGUCCGUCCGUCUUUCUUUCUUUCUUUUUCUUUUUCCUUUUAUGACUUUCUUUCUUUCUUUCUUUCUUUCUUUCUUUUUCUUUUUCCUGUUUAUGACUUUCUUUAUUUUCUUCCUUUCUUUCUUUUUCUUUUUUUAUAACUUUCUUUCUGUUCUUUCUUUCUUUCUUUUUCUUUUUUAUGACUUUCUUUCUUUUCUUUCUUUCUUUCUUUUUCUUUUUUAUGACUUUCUUUCUUUUCUUUCUUUCUUUCUUUCUUUCUUUCUAUUUCUUUUUCCUUUUUAUGACUUUCUUUAUUUUCUUUCUUUCUUUCUUUCUUGUCGACUUCUUCUUUUCUUCUUCAUUGUCUCUCAUUCCUUCUUUCUGUUCCUUUUUUUUCUUUUUCCUUCGUUUCUGACGUCUUUCUUCUAUUUUGUCUUUACUUUCUUUCUUUUUCUCUUUCUUUCAUUCUUUCUUUUUCAUGUUUCCUUUUCUCUCUCUUUCAGUCUUUCUUUUUCUCUUUCUUUCUUUGAUUCUUUCUUCUUCUCUUUCUUUCAUUCUUUCUUUUUCACUUUCUUUCAUGUUUCCUUUUCUCUCUCUUUCAGUGUUUCUUUUUCUCUUUCUUUCUUUCAUUCUUUCUUCUCUUUCUUUCAUUCUUUCUUUUUCACUUUCUUUCGUGCUUCCUUUUCUCUCUCUUUCAGUCUUUCUUUUUCUCUUUCUUUCAUUCUUUUUUCUCUUUCUUAUAUUCUUUCUGUUUCUGUUUCUUUCCCUUUUUUCUUUUUUUUUACUUUUUAUUUCCUUGCAAUUUUUCUUUUUUUCUUUCUUUUCUUUAAUCUUUCUUUCCUUUCUCUCAUUCACUUUCUUGUUUCCCUUUUCUUCCUUACUUUUUCUUUACUUUUCAUUUUUCUUCCUUUCCAUUUUGAUUUUCUUUCUUUCUUCCUUCCUUUCUUACCUUUUCUCUUUAUUUCUUUUCUUUCAUCUUUCCUUCUGUUUCGCUUUCUUCAUUUUAUUUAUAUUUUUCUUUCUCCCUCUACUUUCUUCUUCCUUUUCUUCUUUUCUUUCUUUCUUUCUUUCUUUCUUUUCUUCCUUCUUUCUUACUUCCUUUCUUUCCUUCCUUCUUUCUUUCUUUCUUUCUUUCUUUUCUUCCUUCCUUCAUUCUUUCUUUCCUUCUUUCUUUCAUUCUUUCUUUCCUUCUUUCUUUCUUUUUUAUUCUUUCUUUUUCUUUCUUUCUUUCUUUUUCUUUCUUUUUCCUUUCUUUCUUUUCUUCCCCCUUUCUUUCUUUCCUUCUUUCUUCCUUAUUUCUUUCUUUUCUUUCUUUCUUUCUUUCUUUCUUUUCUUUUUUCUUUCUUUCUUUCUUUUCUUCCUUCUUUCUUUUUAUUCUUUCUUUUUCUUUCCUUUUCUUUUCUUCCUUCUUUUUCUUUUCUUUUCUUUCUUUCUUUCUUUUCUUCCUUCUUUCUUUCUUUAUUACUUUCUUUCCUUCUUUCUUUCUUUUCUUCCUUCUUUCUUUCUUUAUUACUUUCUUUCUUUCUUUCUUACUUUCUUUCCUUCUUUCUUUCUUUCCUUCUUUCUUUCUUACUUUCUUCUCUUCCUUCUUUCUUUCUUUAUUACUUUCUUUCUUUCCUUCUUUUUUCUUUUCUUCCUUCCUUCUUUCUUUCUUUCUUUCUUUAUUUAUUACUUUCUUUCUUCUUAUAG